CAAACAAAUAACAACCACCAACAUUCUCCUGUAACCACUCUGCAGGAAUGUUAUUGUUUUAGAAAAUUACUAUUUUGGUAAAAAAAUUGAAUCAACCGCCUAAUUAUAACAUGCACUUGCUAAUGCUGCUGGUGUUGGUGGGCGCCGUGAUCACCGAAGCCACGUCCGGAGUCGAAUGUCCACCGGGGACAGUGAAAAUGGGGGGAGGGUUGUGUGAGGUUAUAGAGAGACGCGCCGCUGAUGAUUCCAACUGUCCACCGGGGACAGUGAAGACCGAGGAUGGGCUGAAGUGCAUGGUUACUGAUAGACGCGCCGCUGAUGCAGGCAUCAAAGACAUUUCCGACGAGCCCUACUGCCCAAAGGGGAAAUUUUAUCAUAGAGGAGAUUGCGUGGGAAGAGGUAGACGCGCCGCUGAUGUUGACUAUUGUCCACCGGGAACAAUGAAGGCCAAAUCUGGGCAGUGCAUAGUUAUAGGUAGACGCGCCGCUGACGUCACCUCUUGUCCACCGGGAACAGCGAAGACCGAGGAUGGGCUGAAGUGCAUGGUUACUGAUAGACGCGCCGCUGAUGCCUCCAUCAAAGACAUUUCCGACGAGCCCUACUGCCCAAAGGGGAAAUUUUAUCUUAAAGGAGAUUGCGUGGGAAGAGGUAGACGCGCCGCUGAAUCCAAAGGCGGUUACGAGAAGGCCAACUGCCCGCCGGGGACAAUUUACUACGAUGGAUUGUGCAGGCGAAUAUUUAAACGCUCCCCUAACGUCUUCAGCCGGGACGGUGAAUAUAAAGAAGGAAGUCAGAGGAUGCGGAACUAAUUGACAAUUCCGAAGGUGUAGCAAAGAAUUUCUAAUGGACGAGCACUAAAUAUAUACAAUAUAUUUGUAGAGUAUGAGAAUAAAAAUUAUGAACAUACAA